UCUCUUCAGAUCUUCAAAAAUAUCGUCUGUUUUCAAUGAACAUGGCGCGGGGCAUGUUAUUAUCAGUUUUUCGUCUGUAUUAUUUUUCAAGUAUUUUGUAUAUUAAGCUAAUAGAUGCUAAUGUUAUUCGUCAAGUAGAACCAGUUGUAGAAUCGAUUAAUGUUAUAAACGAAGUCAGUGUACACGAUUCAUUCACAAACAUGAUUGUAGAACUUCGUGGUUUCAAUUUUCACAGCGGCAUGAGGGUUAGGGCUGUAAAGAAUCCUUCAGAUUCUGAGUGCUUUAAUAGUGAAAAAGAUUAUUAUAGUGACAGUGCUUACAAUUUUCAUGAGUUGUGGUCAAAUUCAACGUAUGCCUUGAUGGCUUUGCUUGUGAAGAUGCAACCGAUUGAUGAAAGUGUGAACUUGUAUGUUUGUGUUUCAAGCUACAGAACCAAAAUGAAAGAUGAUUUUAAAAAGUUAAGUACGUUCAACAGUGAAGUUAUUAAGUGGAAACAUCAAGGUGAUAGCGUUGUGUUUAGAACUAAAAGUGACAAAACCACUGAUGAAAAGGGGAGAUCAAAAUCAAAGCGACAUGGUGGUGAAGAUCUCAAAUCUAAACACACCGGAGGUGACUGGAAGGUAACACACGAGGGGGGCGAGGCGCCCCCACCCCGCCAACAGUCCGACCAGGCGGUCGAGUCGUUUAAUCCGUCCCUCUACGGUCCGGCCGUAUCGUCCUUCAAUCCGUCCGUCUACGGUCCGGCCUCGGAACAGUUGCGUGAACUCCGCGUCUACGGUUUUCGGGUGGAGAGCUCUUCUGCUGAGGUGAAGGACGAGGAUGGCGUCUCGGCGCUGCGAUACGACUCGACGGCCGUAUUGCGCCUGUUCGGCGCCGGCUGGCACGACUCGGUCGUGUUCACGCUCACUGAGAAAGCGGGGGAAGCGGGGGAUGAAUGCGAGUUCAAACUCAACGCUCAGUUCCAGCUAGACAGCCACUCCAACUACUCAGCCCUUCUGCCCCUCAAAAUGCCCCUGCAGGGCGAAUCGGGCACGCCCUUCUACCUCUGCUACAAGGACGACACUCACCUGCACAAGGGCAAGGGUGCCUGGAAGCAUGUGGGUUCCGAACCCUACCUGACGAUCGUGGGAUACCAGCAGCUGUUGCCCAUCUGGCUCACUCUGCUAGUGAUAGUGAUAUGUCUCAUGUUUUCGUCGCUGUUUUCUGGUCUCAAUUUGGGGCUCAUGUCGCUCAACCAGACUGAGUUGAAGAUUAUAUCGAAUACUGGAACUGAUACUGAACGAAGGUACGCCGACAUGAUAAUCCCGAUCCGCAAGCACGGCAACUUCCUGCUUUGCAGCAUCCUACUGGGCAACGUGAUGGUCAACUCGACCUUUACCAUCCUGCUGGACGGGCUCACUUCCGGUCUGGUGGCGGUGAUCGCCUCAACGUUGGCCAUCGUCAUACUGGGCGAGAUCUCGCCGCAGGCCAUCUGUUCGCGGCACGGGUUGGCGAUCGGCGCGCGCACCAUCGCUGUCACCAAAAUGGUGAUGCUGGUGACGUCACCGCUCGCCUACCCCAUCAGCCGCAUACUGGACCUGGUGUUGGGCGAGGAGAUUGGUGCCGUGUAUACUAGGGAGCGGUUGAAGGAGUUGGUCAAGGUAGGAAGGACGACUUUAUGAAACCUUAGUAAACCC